GUGAGCAGAGGCCAGUCAGAGGCAGCCGAGCGGCACGGGAACAGCAGAACCGAUCAUAACCGAGGGCAGUAUGUGGACCGUGGUGUGUGUGAGUGUGAGUGUGUGUGUGCUGGCGAGCGGCGUGUCCCCGUCCCCGCUCAGGACGCGGCGAGACGCCCCGCUGGCGAAGGCGGACGAGGUGAACGUCCUGAUGUACGGCGUCCUGCAGUUCAGCGAGUCUCUGCACCACAUGUACCAGAGCACCGAGGCCCGGCUCGCCCGCGUCGCCCGCGCCAUCCACAACACCGAGAGCGUGGUGCAGCGGCUCGGCCUCGACACCCAGCAGGCCAUCAGAACCGAGAGCCAGAUCAAACAGGGCCUCAGCCUCAUCAAGGAACAGAUGGAGGUUCUGCAGGCGGAGGCUCAGCAGACCCGGGGGGUGGUGAACAGGGUGGAGCAGGAGGAUACGGAGCUGAAGCUGAAGCUCAGAGAGCUGGAGCAGAACCUCAGCAUCCUCACCUCCCCCAACAGGAUCUCAGCACUCAGGGAGACGACGCAGAAGCACAACACGCUGCUGGAUGAUCUGACCAGCUGGACCCGGCAGCACAAACAGCAGCUGGAGAACCAGAACCUGCAGCUGCUGGAGCUUCAGAAACAGAGCCGUGUCCUCCAGAACCACUGAUCCAGUCCAGGAUUCCAUCAAACUUCACCCCCACAUCUUCAUCAUCCUCAUCAUCAUCACCUUUACCAUCAUCCUCAUCAUCAUCAUCAUCAUCAUCUACACUCCCAACACUGCAGAACUACAGAACCCAAACAGUGUGCUGACCUGAACACAGGGAAUGUAAAUAGAUAUAUAUGUAUCUGUAUGUUUAUACUCUUGAGAAACUGUAGUCUUUAUACUGUUAUAGUUUUUAUUUUCUAACUUAUAUUAAUAAUAAAUUAAACUAUUUUUUACAAUUUUA